UGGGGUCCCAAACAGCUCUGAGAUUUAGAGUAUUGGGUUACAGUUUCGCAGCAAAAUGGCGACUGUCAUUCAGAAUCCUCUCAAAUCGCUAGGUGACCAGUUCUACCGGGAGGCCAUAGAACACUGUCGCAGCUACAACGCCCGUCUGUGUGCCGAGCGGUCGGUCCGCAUGCCCUUCCUGGACAACCAAACUGGCGUGGCCCAGAACAACUGCUACAUCUGGAUGGAACAGCGCCACCGCGAGCCAGGUGUGGCUGCUGGACAGAUGUAUACGUACCCUGCACGGUGCUGGAGGAAGAAGAGGCGGCUCCACCCCCCUAUGGACCCUCAGCUACGCCUCUGUGAACUACGUCUGGAGGCAGAGCUGGCCCCUAAGAAGGAGCCCUCCCCAGGAGAGGCCACAGCUCUGGAGACCCUGCUCAGAGGGGAGGGGCUACUGGAGAAGAAGAAAGACAUCAUCAAGGAGGACGAGACCCUUCUAGAGAUACAGAGGGUCCUGGAAGCAGACGAGAAUGGGGACGGUUUCCAUGACGACGAGGACUUUGAAGUGGACACUCCGAAGAGGAAGCAGAGGAAAGGAAGGGGCAGAGGGUCCAGUCGCAGGAGGACAGAAGCUGCUACCAACGAUGAUGUGGAUAAACCUUACGUCUGUGACAUCUGUGGCAAACGCUACAAGAACCGCCCAGGCCUGAGUUACCACUACGCCCACACACACCUGGCUGAGGAGGAAGGGGAGGAGGAGAGGGAGGAAGAGAUGCCACCGACCCCGCCACCACACCGACCAGACCCAGACCCAGACAACCACAAACCUCAGAGGGCGGCAGAUGGCUCCAUCAUCCCUAACGACUACUGUGACUUCUGUCUGGGAGACUCUGACUCUAACAGGAAGACUGGCCAGGCUGAGGAGCUGGUGUCCUGCUCUGACUGCGGCCGCUCCGGCCACCCAACCUGUCUGCAGUUCACAGACAACAUGAUGACGGCGGUGAAGACCUACCAGUGGCAGUGCAUCGAGUGCAAGUCCUGCAGCCUCUGCGGCACCUCCGAGAACGACGACCAGCUGUUGUUCUGUGACGACUGUGACAGAGGAUACCACAUGUACUGUCUGAAGCCCCCCAUGACCAAACCUCCUGAAGGGAGCUGGAGCUGUCACCUGUGUUUGGAUCUGUUGAAGCACAAGGCCUCAGCCUAUGAAGAGCCAUAGCAUCACACCAUAAUGGAUUUACAGGCUCAGGGCGUAACGUUCAGUCUCACCUCGUUCACUUUCUCAGUUUCUUGUGUGAGGAGAAAGUGCUACCCUCUACCUCUGAAAUGGAAACACAACCCUACAGAUGCAACACUUCUACAACAUGCAAUCCUUAUCUGCCAAUCAGUUCUCUACCUCACAACUUCACAACCAACCACAGACAGAACCCAACAGGCAAACAGGCAAUACAUUCCACCAGUGAUUUACCAGGUAUCAUGUGAGGUCAUAAUUAAGCGACAUAGGUCAGGACCACUUUGAACCAAAAUGUCAUUCUGUGCUAUAAAGAAAAAAGAAAAGAAAAAAAAAACCUCCACAAAGAAUAGUAAUUAGUUUAAAUAGUAAUCUUGUUCCACAGUGUUUGACACUGCUGUUGUACCAUGUAGUCUCAUCUGACUGUUAGCUAACUAGAGAUAUUUGUCUUAGCUGAGAUCAAAAAAACACUUAUGUGCCUGACAAGGAGAGUUUGUGUCUGUUUGACAAACAUUUGAUUUCGUUUCCAGUCCCGUCCUUGUUUAGAUUUCACAGUGACGUUCGUUCAUAUUUUGCACCAAGACAUAUUAAAUAUUUGAAAUGGCAUUACUCACAGGACUUGUCAAACAUCAUUUUAUCAAGGUGUAACGCAAUCCCCCGUUAGGGGGUCGUUGCAGCCACUAUUUUAUAUUACAGUUAGUUGGUUUUUUUGCCCAGUUUGUGGUUACUAGGAUACUAAGUACCCAAUGACAACGAUCUAAACAGUUAUUCAUUUAAAACUGGUCGAAAUGUCUGGUUGUUGUGACUGUUGCUGUGGACGGAUGCUUUGUUUGAUAGAGAAAGCAUACAAGAGGACUUCAGAGUCCGCUAUCUAAAUCACGUUACCAUACAAGAGGACUUCAGAGUCCGCUAUCUAAAUCACGUUACCAUACCAGAGGACUUCAGAGUCCGCUAUCUAAAUCAUGUUACCAUACAAGAGGACUUCAGAGUCCGCUAUCUAAAUCACGUUACCAUACAAGAGGACUUCAGAGUCCGCUAUCUAAAUCACGUUACCAUACAAGAGGACUUCAGAGUCCGCUAUCUAAAUCAUGUUUCAUGUUACCAUACAAGAGGACUUCAGAGUCCGCUAUCUAAAUCACGUUACCAUACAAGAGGACUUCAGAGUCCGCUAUCUAAAUCACGUUACCAUACCAGAGGACUUCAGAGUCCGCUAUCUAAAUCACGUUACCAUACCAGAGGACUUCAGAGUCCGCUAUCUAAAUCACGUUGCCAUACCAGAGGACUUCAGAGUCCGCUAUCUAAAUCACGUUGCCAUACCAGAGGACUUCAGAGUCCGCUAUCUAAAUCACGUUACCAUACAAGAGGACUUCAGAGUCCGCUAUCUAAAUCAUGUUACCAUACCAGAGGACUUCAGAGUCCGCUAUCUAAAUCACGUUACCAUACCAGAGGACUUCAGAGUCCGCUAUCUAAAUCACGUUGCCAUACCAGAGGACUUCAGAGUCCGCUAUCUAAAUCACGUUACCAUACAAGAGGACUUCAGAGUCCGCUAUCUAAAUCACGUUACCAUACCAGAGGACUUCAGAGUCCGCUAUCUAAAUCACGUUACCAUACAAGAGGACUUCAGAGUCCGCUAUCUAAAUCACGUUACCAUACAAGAGGACUUCAGAGUCCGCUAUCUAAAUCACGUUACCAUACAAGAGGACUUCAGAGUCCGCUAUCUAAAUCACGUUACCAUACAAGAGGACUUCAGAGUCCGCUAUCUAAAUCACGUUACCAUACCAGAGGACUUCAGAGUCCGCUAUCUAAAUCACGUUACCAUACCAGAGGACUUCAGAGUCCGCUAUCUAAAUCACGUUACCAUACAAGAGGACUUCAGAGUCCGCUAUCUAAAUCACGUUACCAUACAAGAGGACUUCAGAGUCCGCUAUCUAAAUCAUGUUUCAUGUUACCAUACAAGAGGACUUCAGAGUCCGCUAUCUAAAUCACGUUACCAUACAAGAGGACUUCAGAGUCCGCUAUCUAAAUCACGUUACCAUACCAGAGGACUUCAGAGUCCGCUAUCUAAAUCAUGUUACCAUACCAGAGGACUUCAGAGUCCGCUAUCUAAAUCACGUUACCAUACCAGAGGACUUCAGAGUCCGCUAUCUAAAUCACGUUGCCAUACCAGAGGACUUCAGAGUCCGCUAUCUAAAUCACGUUACCAUACAAGAGGACUUCAGAGUCCGCUAUCUAAAUCACGUUACCAUACCAGAGGACUUCAGAGUCCGCUAUCUAAAUCACGUUACCAUACAAGAGGACUUCAGAGUCCGCUAUCUAAAUCACGUUACCAUACAAGAGGACUUCAGAGUCCGCUAUCUAAAUCACGUUACCAUACAAGAGGACUUCAGAGUCCGCUAUCUAAAUCACGUUACCAUACCAGAGGUUUUGGCAUGUUGUUGUUGUUGUUGUUGUUGGGAAGAUUGAUGUAGGACAUUGAGACAAUUAUAGGACUGCAUCCAUAGACCAUAGAGACAUAUUCACAUAGAGACACAAUCCAUUCACACUGGCUCACAAACAUAUACAAAACACAUACCUCGUAGCUCUACCACCACGUUUCAGUCGGUGAAUGGUACCAGGCUAUCGUUCGACUGGCACGUAGGAUACCUCGCAUUGUCCGCGUUAUCAUGCGCCCGUUGUUUUUUUGUACAUUUUGUAUCUUAUGUUUUAGUAAAUGUCAAUUUGUUUUAUAGGCUUCCUUCCACUUUGUAUAUCAUUCAAAACUUCUAAUGUAAAACUCCAAAAUUCUUAUAUAACGAUUCACGUUCUUCCACGUGAACAUGAUGGCGAUAGAUUGCACUGAACAAGGUCAUUAUAGAUUACAUUAUAGGACUAUUGGAUAGAUUUUAAAGAACACGGAAACACAAUCCUAAAACAGUGGUAGAAGACCUGAAAUUGUUUUUAGCGAUAUUGUUUUAAAAAAAAAAAAAAAAAAAAUAAAGUAUUUAAUGCUAAAAAUGAAUGACGACGUCAUGACUGGAAAUGUCUUACAACUAUUUUCUUAUUUUGUUUUGCGCUUUUGUGUUGAAUAUUGUUUCUCUCCUCAGACAAUCAUGAAGUAGACUAGAUACUGCAUAUUGCUCGAGUACCCACUAUUCCCUAAAUAGUGCACUACUUAUGGGCCCUUGUUAACUAUAGUGCACUAAUAUAAGGAAUAAGAUGCCAUUUUGAGACGCAUCCAUGAUGUUAAUUAACAUCUGAAUGGUUUCCUUGGUUUAACCCCCCCCCCCCCCCCCAUGUGGGCUGUUUUAACAACUUCCUGUUUAUAUCACCAUGCCAACUUCACACUCUUGAGAAAUAUGUGUGUCAGUAUAAUUUUGUUUUAUAUUGGAGACCAUCAAUUAUAUAUGGAUACUAUUUUGUGUUGGUUUUGGGUACAUUGUUAAAACGUUUGUAUGUAUGUUUUAGUUUUUUUUUGUGUUGAAAUAAAGAUUUAGUCCUUGGUUAUA